UGUAUUCAUAUAAUUAAAUUGUCUUUUUUUCUUGAUGGGGAUGUCAUAACUAAUAUUGUACCUUAAAUAAGGUACAUCAUUUCCUUCGUGUUGGACCAUUAUAUUCUCAAUGAACAAGAUUAUAUAUACUAUAGUACAUAAAAUAAAUGUUGUCUGUUUAAAAAGCUGCCCGAAAGUACACAAGAAAUUCAAAUUAUUCAUUAUUGUAUUUUGACUAUAGAAAGUAUUUGUUGACCAUGUAAAUCACAAUUUACUUAAUAGGCAUCCAUCGCAUUCAAUUUUCCCCCAACAUCACUUAUGUAUUUGUCGAUGGGGGUCGGUUCGGCAAAUAUUGCAGGUCAAAUACUCGAUAUUUUUGCAAUUACGAAAUAGUGAAAAUACUAUUAUUUUCAACUUUUUUAUUACUUUUGUUUAGUAUGUUACAAUUUUUUACGAUUAUAACGAGUUAAAAGUAAAAAAAAAAUAUUGAAUUUGUAGAAUUAUAAAUAAAUAUUAAAAUAGCUAAAUAUUAAUUAAUGACAUGCAUUAUAUUUGCAGGUAGAUUAUCAGGAAAUGUUGUCAUGUCUGGUAAUAUUCAUCUUAAUGGCAAGAAAAAGUGGCUUCAUUACGGCGUCGUUGCGUAUGUAACUCAAGAAGAUAUCUUCUUGGGUACCCUAACGGUACGAGAAACCAUCAACUACUCGGCCUUCUUAAGGCUCCCAAGCAGCACAUCAAAACACGAGAUAAACGAAACAGUAGAAAGCACAAUUACCGAAAUGGGCCUCGAAGAAUGUGCUGACCACCUGAUCGGGAACUGGCAUUUGAGGGGGAUAAGCGGCGGUGAAAAGAAGAGGCUGAGCAUUGCGCUGGAGAUCAUAACACAGCCUCGUCUUUUAUUCCUCGACGAGCCGACUAGCGGUCUUGAUAGUGCCUCGGCCUUUUUUGUGGUCCAAGCACUUAAGAACGUUUCACGGAGUGGAAGAACGAUUAUUUCGUCUAUUCAUCAGCCUAGCAGUGAAGUCUUUUCCCUCUUCGACGAUCUUUUGCUUCUGUCGAAUGGCGAAACGAUUUACUUUGGAGAAGUGGAAUCUGCACUAGAGUUUUUUGCUGAGGCGGGAUUCCCUUGUCCACGUAAGCGGAAUCCUUCCGAUCAUUUUCUACGAUGUGUGAAUUCGGAUUUUGAUGAUGUGAAUAACACUUUGAUGGGUUCACAGAGAAUGAGAGAUAUAAAUGAUGCUUCUGAUCGAAAGAUAAUCAAUUUGACAACAGCAGAAAUACGAGCGAGGCUUCUUAUGAAAUAUCGUAACUCAAAACUUGCAGCGAGAGUUAAAGCUAGAAUCAAAGAAUUCUCAACUACUGUGAGCAUUUUUACAUACUUUCUUGCACUGUCUACUUCGAGUAUUUACGAUUCACAUCUGUCUUACUACCCACACACACACGCAGACACGGCAAAUAAGGGGUGCAAAUUUUCAAAAAAACUCGAUCUGAUAGAGAGAGAGAAAAUAUUGCAGGACGUACCUGUUUCGAGAAAACCAGAGGAAGCCAGGCGACAUGGUUUAAGCAACUUUCCACACUCACAAAGCGAUCGUUCACAAACAUGUCCCGAGAUUUCGGGUAUUACUGGCUAA